AUGAGGAGAAUCAUACUGGCACUGAUGUUCGCUUUUGUGGGGAGUCAGAAAUAUGACAUUGCACCUGGUUUUAGCAACAGCAAGACCUACUUGUACAGCUAUGAAGGCCUCAUUCUGCAUGGUCUGCAAGAGAGAGGUUUGGCAAGAGCUGGGCUAAGGCUGACAUGCAAAGUAGAGAUCAGUGGAUUGUCACACAACUAUCACAUGCUGAAGAUCCUAUCUCCACAGUUGGACGAAUACAAUGGAAUCUGGCCCAGAGAUCCAUUCACUCGAUCUUCCAAACUCAUCCUGACAAUUGCAUCAUGUCUCACCCAACUCUUUAAGUUUGAAUACAACAGAGGGCAGUUUGGGAACAUUUAUGCCCCCAAAGAUACUCCUGUCACAUGUGUUAACCUAGUGAGAGGGAUUCUGAACAUGUUGCAGAUAACUGUCAAAAAGUCACAGAACGCAUAUGACUUGCAAGAGGCCGGGAUUGGAGGUGUCUGCCAUACAAGGUACAUUAUCCAGGAAGACAGGAAGAGUAACCGAGUCACAGUAUUCAAAACCAAAGACCUCAACAACUGCCAGGAUAAAGUGGAGAAGAACAUUGGAAUGGCUUACAUCCGCUCUUGUGCUACCUGCCCACUGAAAGAAAAGAUCAUAAAAGGAACAGCUGCAUUCACCUACAAAAUGAAAUACACAGAUGCUGGCACCCUGAUCACACAAGCUGUGUCGCAGCAGGUCUAUCAGAUUUCCCCUUUCAGUGAACCUGCUGGUGUUGCUGUCAUGGAGGCAAGACAAGAACUUACUUUGAAUGAUAUUAGAAACAGUCAAGCAAGCACAUCAGAAAUUCAGUUGCAAAACUAUGGAAGUCUUCGUUACCAUUUUGCAAGAGAACUACUCCAGAUGCCAAUUCAUCUAAUAAAGAUGAAAAAUCCUGAAUCACAGAUAGUAGAAAUACUACAGCAAUUAAUUCAGCAUGAUCAACAAGGGUACAAUAGAGAAGCUCCAGCCAAAUUCUUAGAACUUAUCCAGCUUUGUCGUGUGGCAACCCCUGAAAACCUUGAGUCUCUUUGGAAACAAUUUGCUGAUAAACCUCAAUAUCGGCGCUGGUUAUUGAGCGCAAUCUGUGCAGCAGGAACUACUGAGACAUUCAUGUUCCUUAAGCAAAAAAUUCAUAAUGAGGACAUGAGCUAUUUGGAAUCAGCUCUGACUAUCGCUCUCGCCUUCCAUUUAUCCAAAGCUGAUGACCACACUUUACAAGCUGUAGCAGAUCUAGUGACCAGCUUCCGAAUUCAGAGAGCUCCUAUGCUUCGCAAGCUUGCUUACCUGGCAUAUGGUUCCAUGAUAAACAGAUAUUGUUCUGUAUCAUCAUCUUGUCCUAAUAGAAUUCUUCAGCCCCUCCAUGACCUUGCAGCUGAGGCAGUCAGCAAGAACCAUGAAGAUGACAUGGCCUUGGCUCUGAAAGCCAUUGGCAAUGCAGGAGAACCAGCCAGUAUCAAGCGCAUCCUGAAGUUCUUGCCAAUAUUUUCACCUGCCGCGAUGGCUUUUCCAGUUAGAAUUUAUAUUGAUGCUGUUUUGGCCUUGAGAAAAAUAGCCAGGAAAGACCCUUCAAAAGUACAGGAAAUUCUUCUCCAGAUCUUUGUGGACCAUUCACUCACUCCUACUGUCCGAAUGAUGGCUUGUGUUGUCAUCUUUGAAACUAAGCCUGCUCUUCCUCUCGUAACAGCUAUGGCCAAUGCUCUGCUAAAGGAGAGCAGUUUGCAGGUUGCCAGUUUCACAUAUUCCCAUAUGAAGGUUUUGGCAAUAAGCAGGAUCCCACAGCUCUUUAAUGUAUCUGCUGCUUGCAACAUUGCCCUUAAACUACUGAGCCCAAGACUUGACAGGCUGAGCUAUCGUUACAGCAAGGUUAUUCACGUUGGCGGCUAUUACUCGAAAUAUAGAGCUGGUGCAAUUGGAAGAAUCUAUCUCAUGAACAGUCCAAGCAGUAUGUUGCCAUCUGCAAUAAUCAUGAAACUGAGAGGAUACUAUGCAAAUACCGCAACUGAUUUUGUCGAGGUGGCUCUCCAGUCACAAGGCCUAACAGAGCUCGUCAGGAAACAGAACAUCCCCUUUGCUGAAUAUGACACAUACAAAAAAUUGAAGGUGCUUGGGAAAACGGUUCUGGGAUGGAAGGAACUGCCUCCUGAAAACCCACUCAUAUCAGCCUAUGUAAAAGUAUUUGGCCAUGAGCUUGCCUUUGCUGAGGUCAACAAGGAGCUCAUUCAACAGACAGUGAAGGCUCUGACUGAAUCAUCAGAUAGGCACAUGUUAGUGAAGAAAGUGAUCAAUCAAAUCCAAAGAGGCAUUGCAGGACAAUGGACACAGGCAAUAUUGGCAGGAGAAGUUCGGCACAUUGUCCCUACCUGUGUUGGUCUGCCACUGGAACUUAGUUUAUAUAGUACUGGUCUGAUACACGCUACAGCCAGUGUUGGUGUAAAUAUGUCCCCCUCUUUAUCUGGCACUUUUAAACCUUUGCAGUUCUUUGAUGCCAAUGUGCAACUUCAUGCUGAUAUCAACCCAAGCAUAUACACUCAUACAGUGGCAAUGAUGGGAAUCAAUACACAGUACUUUCAGAGUGGUCUUGAAUUUCAUGCCAAGUUCCGUGCCAACAUCCCAAUGAAAUUUUAUGCCAGAAUAAACAUCAAAGAUAAAAGUUUGAAGUUUGAAACAACCCCGUGUCACCAGGAAACUGAACUAGUGACUGCAAGGACUAAACUUUAUGCUAUUUCAAGAAAUGUGGAAGAGAUAACUUCAGCAAAGAGAUUGUUAGUUCUACCAGAAGAAGCUGUAUUGGAUAUCUCCGAGCAACGUUUUAAAUCGGCAGAAAGGACUUCAAGAAAUGGUGCCACAACGCAAAGAACAGCUUCUGACGGGAUGUCCGAGACAUAUUCCUAUGGCUCAGAAGAGGAAUUUUACCACAGAGCUGGAGGAAGAUCUUAUGCACUAGUCUUUUGUAGCAAAUUACAUAGUUUGGGUUGCCAAACCUGUCUUAACCUUCAGUUACGAGAUGCUGCUUUCUUAAAAGAUACAUUUCUACACAGAUUGGUUGGAGAGGGUGAAAUCAAAUUAGUUUUAAAACCAGUCCGUACAGCUGCUGCUAUUGACAAAAUACAGCUGGAGAUUCAGGCAGGAUCUAGAGCAGCUUUCAGAAUAAUCCAGCUGGUAACCCUAGUGUCAGAGGAAGAUGAUGAUUCAACUCCAGAUGACGUGGUUCAAACGAAACUGAAGAAGAUCCUAGGAAUUGAAAGUAUAUUUAAGGCUGCAAACAGAAGUGCGCAUCAGCACCUUAAGAAGCAGGCUGCCAAGAAAGAUAAAGUCAAAAUUGCAGAAAUUCGCACAGAUCCAGCUGCUAAAUAUCAAUCCAGCUCAUCCUCAUCGUUGUCCUCAUCAUCAUCUUCCUCCUCCUCCUCCUCUUCUGUUGGUGACAAAUACAGGAAUACAGACAUGAAAGACAAAACAUGGCAACCUAGACAAAGAGAAGGAAGCAGCAGCAGCGACAGCAGCAGGAGCAGGAGCAGUGACAGUAGUAACAGCAGAAGCUGCAGUAGCGAUGAAGAGGAUCAUGCUGCAAACAAGGAACAGCAAGGGAAAAGUGACAAACCAGUGAGGAGCUGUAGCAGCAGCAGUGACAGCGAGUAUUCCAAACAGCAGCCUAAAUUCUUGGGAGACAGUAAACCUCCAAUACUGGCUGUUAUUCUUCGUGCUGUUCGAAAUGACAGAAAGCUGGCAGGCUUCCAGCUUGUGUUGUACACAGACUUGCACUCCACAACACCCAGGAUACAAGUGUUUGUGUCAAACAUCUCAGAAUCAAGUAUAUGGAAACUCUGCGCUGAUGCUUCAAUAGUAAAUUCUUACAAAGCAGUGGGUUAUCUAAAAUGGGGUCAGGAUUGCCAGGACUACAGGAUUGCUGGAAAAGUUGUAACUGGCCAAUUUGCUGAUUACCCAGCCACACAGAUCAAGCUAGAGUGGCCUAAAGUUCCUUCAAGAAUCAAAAUAGCUGCAAGAUGGUUUUACACAUUUGUUCCAGGAGUUGCAUACAUGUUUGGAUUUUCCCAAAGGGAACAGAACAAUCCCUCUCAACAGGCUACUCUGGUUGUGGCUCUAACUUCUCCAAGAACCUGUGAUGUUGCUCUCAAGCUACCUGAUCUCACAAUUUAUGACAGAGACAUUAGCCUUCCACUGCCACUCCCUUUAGAUCCACAUAUAUCAACUUCAGUGCUGCAGUAUCCUGCUUGGAAUUUCUUCACUAAAAUACCAUCCUCAGUCAUUGACAGUCUUAAAGGUCAUUGUUCAGUCUCCCAGAACAUGAUCACAACCUUCAAUGAAGUUGAAUUCAACUACUCAAUGCCUGCAAAUUGCUACCAUGUCUUGGCCCAAGAUUGUAGCCCAGAACUGAAAUUCCUGGUGAUGAUGAAGAAAGCUGAAGAGUCUGCUGACCUUAAAGCAAUCAAUAUCAAACUUGCCAGUCAUGAGAUUGACAUGUAUCCUUCAAAUGGACUCAUCCAGCUGAUGAUUAAUGGUGUUCAAACCCCAGCACAGAUUCUCCCAUACACAUCUAAUUCUGAUGCACACAUACUGAUCAGCAGUGAGAAGGACGGCUUGUCAGUAAAAGCCCCAGAGUAUGGCAUAGAUAAACUUUAUUAUGAUGGACAUACACUUAAGAUUCAAGUUGGUUUCUGGAUGGCUGGAAAAACAUGUGGUAUUUGUGGAAAAUAUGACGGCGAGAGUAAACAGAAAUAUCAAAUGCCUAGUGGCUAUGUAGCUAAAGAUGCAGUGAGCUUUGCUCAAUCUUGGAUUCUCUCAGAAGAGCCCUGUGCUGGAGCUUGUAAACUGCAGCACACACUCAUCAAAAUUGAGAAGCCAGUUGGUUUUGAAAACGUGGCCUCAAAAUGCUAUUCAGUCGAGCCAGUUUUGCGCUGUGUGAAAGGAUGUUCAGCAACUAGAACUGCCCCUGUCUUUGUUGGUUUCCAUUGUGUGCCAGCUGACUCCACAACCAGCUUUGAUGAAGAGCAGAUUAGGUUAGACCAGAAGUCUGAGGAUUUGGAGAACACAGUUGAUGCUCAUACAAUGUGUUCCUGUGAACAACUACAGUGUGCAGCAUGACACUACAUUUCACAGGGUUAGAUACCCCUAAUGGCGGGGGUUUUUUUGAUGUAUGUAUACUCGUUCUCUGCAAUUAUGGACACACUACUUUGUUUCAAACAGUGAAGGUAACACUGAAUUAUUUUAUAAAAUG